CCAUAAAAUUGCUCUCAAUCACAAUUUCUAUGGUACUUUUAUCUUACGGUGGACCUUCACACUCACACUCCAGUUAAUUGGCGGGAAGAUAGAUUCCCGCGCUUUUAUUCUCUCUUUUAUCUCAACAACCUUGUUAGGGUUUCGAUUCAAGUCAGAUAACACUCUCGCGAAAACACAACCGCCACUCCUCCGCGUUUCUAUCAUCGUUCUGGCGGACUUGCCGGUGAGCUUUUCGAUCAGAAUUCAGACAUGGGUAAAGAGGAAAGUCCGAAAACCACAAGGAGAACAACCAGAUCCUCCGCUUUAGCUACCCCUUCAAAGAAGGUAGUUGAAGAAACUAAAGCAAGUAGUUCACACCCGCCAACUCUCAGUGACCUUGUGUUGGGUGAAGAAGGAGAAUCCUUUAGUGCCGAUGAUCUUUUGUCUAGUUUUCCUGGGAGACGUAAUCAAAUAUUGGAGCUUCUGCGCCUUCUGGGUCCACAGAACUCUCCCAUGUUUCCUGUCUUUGUGUAUGGAGGCACUUCUACCGGGAAAACCAGUAUUGUUGUAGAGACAUUUAGGCAUCUUAAGCGCCCUUUAGUUUAUUCAAGCUGCCUUACCUGUUAUAAUCCUCGAAUCUUGUUCGAAUCCGUUCUGAACCAACUAUUUCUUCACCGAAAGAAUGCAGCAAAUGGUUAUUCUAGUGCAAAGCGCUGUGAAAGCCCAUCUGAUUUUGUUAAUUUUCUUCGCGAUGCCUUGGUCAGCAUUCUGGGUAAUACUAAGGGAAACUCAGGGAAAGUAACCUCCAAAAGGUCAGGAAAGUCUAACGGAAAUAUGAUCUACUUGGUCUUUGACAAUUUGGAACGUCUUCGAGGAUGGGAUAAAGGUUCCACUAUAUUACCUUUACUAUUUAAUCUCUAUGACAUUUUGAAAAUGCCUGAGGUCGGUCUUAUCUUUAUCAGCAGUGCCUCACCAGAUACAUAUUACUCAAAUAUGGGCUAUGUGGAACCUAUCCCUCUAUAUCUUCCUGAUUAUACACAAGAUGAUCUGCAGAAAAUCUUCAUGAGAAACCAGGCGAACAAAAAGCUUUACUCCUCUUUUCUCAGUGUUGUGCUAAGGCCCUUCUGUAGAAUUACCAGACGGGUGGAUGAGCUAUCUUCUGUCUUUUCACCAUUAUUCACAAAAUAUUGUGAACCCAUCACUGAUCUGAAUGUUGUUCCCAAUAAAGAGACGAACCAAAGGCUGUACAAUUUUUUUCGUCCCCAUAUUGCUCCUGCACUGAAUGAGACAUUUAAGGUUUCGUCGCAGCAAUCCCCCGAAGUUGAAGUUAAGGAGAGAAAAGGGAAGGGGGGCACAAGGAAAUCCAGAGAUUUUGAAGUUGAAGAAUUAGAUUUCCAUAUGCCUACUUCCGCCAAAUAUCUUCUUAUUGCAGCAUUCCUUGCUUCAAGAAACCCAGCUACCCUUGAUUCAUCCCUGUUUGAUUCUACAGGAGGUUCUAAUAGUCGAAAACGAAAGAGGAAGCUUUCGGACAAGUCAAUGGAACAGAAGGAAACUGCAGAACAGGAAUUGCUUUUGAAUCCUGGAUCAUUCCCAAUGGAAAGGUUAUUAGCCAUAUUUCAGUGCAUUACAUCUGUAGGAGAAGGUCCUCUUGAUGAGGAGGGACAAGAAGAUGGUGGGUUAGGCAUUCAAGAUGGGAAUGGCGGGCUCAUGUCUGAUGUUCUCUUACAACUGUCCAGUCUCUGCAGUGCUAAUUUUAUUGUCACUGGUGGAAGCUGCCCGCUGGAGGGCUCAACUCGAUAUCGAUCGACAGUGAGUGAAGAUAUGGCUCUUAAGGUAGCAAGGAGUAUUAAGUUUCCUCUCUCAAAGUAUAUAUACAGAUGAUCUGCUUUCAGGUGAGGUAUCUGUGAUACGGUUGCCAAUUUAUUCUCGAGGAUGAAGCAACUUACCUGGUUUUCAACUAUGUUACCCUCCUACUGUGUUGAAUCAUUGAACUCUCCAAAUUCUUUAAUCCUCAUCUUUGUUGAGCAACGUGAAAUGACUGGUAUUGAGUGGAUAUACCGAUUGUCGUGGUCUUUCUGACAGCUGGGAUAGCACCAUUGAACAUAAGUUUCAGACAGUAUCUUGGUGCCAAGUUUCUGCAGGAUUGCCAUCUAACAAUUGUAGUAAACCACCUAUCCGUGUUACAUCCUAGUAAGUUGCAGGGCUUGGAAAUAUCGUUUCCUUAUACAAUGUCGAUCGCAAUUCUGGAAUUGUUUUCCUAUUUUUGUUUCCUUCUGCUAAAUUUCAACGUAGUUGAUUCUUCCAUUAAGGUUUGGUCAGAUGUAAGUGCUGUUUGAAGAGAAGGGCAGCAACAUUCUCGGCCGGUGCUAAGCUUUAGCCUCACAAUGUGAUACAUCAUUCUAAACCUAUUGCACGCUCCGAAUCCAAAUCAAAAGAGGAAGAAGAAUAAGAGUUAUGGCCCUGCAGAGGGAAUUUUAUAUCACAUUCACAUAGGCUCUGCAUUUCACAAAAAAAAUGGUAAGAGAAUUUCUCACAGCUGCAGAGGGAAUUUGAUAUCACAUUCAUAGGACAGUGGAUCAAUAGGUCACAAUUCCAUCUUAAAUGCAAUUUUGAGCGGUGACGAGUUGAUGAUGCUAUAUAUGUUGCUGUAUAACCUUAUCUGAGCCCAUGAGUGAUUGAAACGGUAGGAAGAAGGAUAAUGCUUGUGUCCUCUAUGGGGACCAAGUCCCUCCACUUUUGUAACCUUAUCGUCCGAACACCAUGAUCGGAACCAUUCAUUUUUUUUAUCUUGAUCUAAUGAUUAUACAUGCAAAAAAAUAUUCAUUUUGGAGAGCCAUUCAUAUGCAUAAAAAACAGAUGAUUCAGAAUAAGGAUGAUAUUUGUGACUAAAAUCGUUAAUUGAUUUAACUUGUAUGAAUGACUAAACUAUCAUGAAAUUAAAUGAUUUUUUU